UUCGGCAUGUGGUUUGAUGUGUGUGCAGACUUUUAAACUUUAAAUCCAAUGGUUGUUUUAUCUGAAGUCCAGAAUAUGUUUUGGGGUGUGACAUUAGAUGGCGGUAAACACUACACUCAGACUGUGGAGCGCUCCUUCCACAUCUCCAUGGCAGCUCUGGAGCCUGCCUCAAAUGGGAAGUCGAAGCAGCCUGUGUCUGUGAUGAUACAACAUGAUAAGGCAGAGUUCAUGCUCUGCACACUUGAACAGGGACGAUUGUAUCAACAGACACUGGACCUCAAUUUCACAGAAGGUGAAGAAGUUACCUUCUUCUUAAAUGGCACAGGGAUUGUGCAUUUGACUGGAUACCUAGUUGAGGAUGAGAAUAUGAUGUCAGACAUGGAGGAUAUGGAUGAUGCUAACCUCAGCAUGGAGGACAUGUCUGAUUCAGACUCUGACGCAGCACCAGCUCUUGUUGGUCUAGAUGAUGAUGAUGAUGAUGAUGAUGAUAGUGAUGAGGAUGAAGACAAGAGUCCUGUUUUAACAGUUUCAACCAAAAAACGUAAACAGGAACUUAAAGAAAAACCAGGCAAGAAGAAAGCGAAGGUUGUAGUGGUGGAGGAAGAUGAUGACAGUGAAGAUGAUGAUAGUGAUGAUGAUGAUGAAGAUAUGCCAUUCACAUUAGCAGAUUUUGACGAGGAUGACGAUGAUGAUGAUGAUGAUGAUGAUGAUGAUGAUGAUGAUGAUGAUGAUGAACUGAAUGAUGAAAUUGUUAAACAGAUAACAGCAAAAAAAGUACAGAAAGCUGACACCCCAAAAAGUGUAAAGAAAUCUGCUGUAAAUACUCCGAAGAGUGAGAUAAAGGCCACUCCACAACAGAAAAAGGAACAAGCACAGAAUGGCUCAGACAAUACAGAGAGCACUAAGAAGAAAAAGAAAAAGAAGAAAGAGAAAAAGGAAGAAGAUACAGCAGGAGGUCCUGGUGGGAAUACACAAAAAGUAAAGGACAAGACUCCGAAGAAGGCGGUUUUAGCUGGCGGCACCAUUAGCGAGGAAAUAAAAGUUGGUCAUGGACCAGAGGCCAGGAAAGGAAAAAUGGUACAUGUAUACUACAAAGGGACACUAGGCAAGACUGGUAAACAGUUUGAUUCCUGUACUGGUGGUAAACCCUUCAGGUUCCGACUUGGUAAAAAGGAGGUUAUCAGUGGCUGGGACACUGGUGUUGUUGGUAUGAAAGUUGGAGGGACGAGAAAGCUGACAGUGCCUCCACAAGAAGGAUAUGGAAACCAAAGAACAGGUCCAAUACCUCCUAAUAGUACACUGGUGUUUGAGGUUGAGUUGAAGGCUGUCAGCUGAUUCUACAAAAAUAAAACUUCAAAAAAAUGAAA